AUGGAUGAACAAUCUCAAGGCACGCAGGGGCCUACUGCUCCACCAUUUCAGCCACAGAAAGCCUUACGGCCUGACAUGGGCUAUAACACACUUGCCAAUUUCCGAAUAGAGAAGAAGAUUGGCCGUGGGCAGUUCAGUGAAGUUUACAGAGCAACCUGCCUGUUGGAUGGGGUACCAGUGGCUCUGAAGAAAGUCCAGAUAUUUGAUUUGAUGGAUGCCAAAGCCCGUGCUGACUGCAUCAAAGAAAUAGAUCUUCUUAAGCAACUGAAUCAUCCAAACGUAAUUAAGUAUUAUGCCUCGUUCAUUGAAGACAAUGAGCUGAACAUAGUGUUGGAAUUAGCUGAUGCUGGAGAUCUCUCCAGAAUGAUAAAGCAUUUUAAGAAACAGAAGAGGUUGAUUCCUGAAAGAACAGUUUGGAAGUACUUUGUUCAGCUUUGCAGUGCCUUGGAACACAUGCAUUCUCGUCGUGUUAUGCAUAGAGAUAUAAAGCCAGCUAAUGUGUUCAUUACAGCUACAGGGGUAGUAAAACUUGGAGACCUUGGCCUUGGUCGAUUUUUCAGCUCCAAAACGACAGCUGCACAUUCUUUAGUUGGUACACCUUAUUACAUGUCUCCAGAGAGAAUACACGAAAAUGGUUACAACUUCAAAUCUGACAUCUGGUCUCUAGGCUGUCUGCUGUAUGAGAUGGCUGCACUGCAGAGUCCCUUCUACGGUGACAAAAUGAACUUGUACUCCCUGUGCAAGAAGAUAGAGCAGUGUGACUACCCACCUCUCCCUUCAGAUCACUACUCAGAGGAACUGCGACAGUUAGUUAAUAUGUGCAUCAACCCGGAUCCGGAGAAGCGACCAGACAUAACCUAUGUCUACGACGUAGCGAAACGUAUGCAUGCACACACUGCCAGCAGCUAA